AUGUUUGGCCGUACACUUACCCGCCAGUUGUCGCGCCCGGCCUCGCGCCGCUGGCUAUCCACCGCGUCAGGUUCAGGGCUCCGUAUCAACUCAGAUCGCCUCAUGGAGACUCUCCAUCAGACAUGUGAAUGGGGGGCUGCCCAUCGUUAUGGCGAAGGAUCGACAGAGACCGGCAUGGCUCGACUCUGCCUGACCGAAGAUGAUGCCAAGGUGCGCCGUUGGCUGCGCGAAGAAGUUGAGAAACUGGAUUGCACAGUUACGGUCGACCAGAUGGGCAAUAUGUUUGCGAGACAGCGUGGAUCCUUGGGAUCCCCGGCGCCCAUGACGGCGAUGGGCAGCCAUCUUGACACUCAGCCUAGGGGAGGUCGCUAUGACGGGAUUCUGGGUGUCCUCGCGGCCCUGGAGGUCUUGCGCACUAUGAAGGAGAAUGGAUUUCGAACCAACUUUGACAUCGGAUUGGUUAACUGGACCAACGAGGAAGGUGCUCGGUUCCCCAAGUCCAUGUGCUCCUCCGGUGUCUGGGCUGGGGAAAUCCCCCUUGAGAAAGCUUGGGGCCUGACAGACAUCUUUAACCCGGCCGUGACCCUGCGCUUAGAGUUGCAGCGCCACGGCUUCCUCGGUUCAGUGGCCUGCUCCCAUGAUCCAGCGACUGGAUACCCUCUGGGCGCUCAUUUCGAGCUCCACAUCGAACAGGGACCUAUACUCGAGGAGGCGGGCAAGUCUGUAGGUGUCGUGCGUGGAGCGCAGGGAUACCGGUGGUUCACCAUCACGGUGGGUGGUCGUGAUGCCCAUACCGGCACGACCCCCCUGGCAGCACGCCGGGAUCCCGUUCUUGCUACAUCGAAGAUGAUCGUGGCCUCCAACGCUAUUGCCAAGCGACAUGGCGCACUCGCCUCCACGGGAGUGAUGAAGCUGCCGCGCAGUUCCUCCACCAACACGGUUGCCUCCGAAGUGACCUUCACCCUGGACAUCCGCCAUCCCCAGGAUGCUGUGGUGCACGCGGUGCAGGACGAAUGUCUGCAGGCGUUUGCUGAGAUUGCGCAGGAGGACGGCAAGGGCGUCUCGCUGGAUUGGACGUUGGACACGGAUUCUGCGGCUGUCAAAUUUGACGAGCACUGCAUCACCGCUAUCCAGGAUGCAGCCACGCAGCUGGUCGGAAAGGACCAGUGGAUGCAACUGACUAGCGGAGCCGGUCAUGAUAGUGUUUAUACUAGUCGGCAUUGUCCCACGGCGAUGAUCUUUGUACCAUGCAAAGAGGGUGUCAGCCAUCAUCCCGAAGAGUAUUGUAGCCCGGCUGAUUGUGCUCUCGGUACUCAGACGCUGCUGGAGGCUGUGGUCAACUAUGAUCGCGUGAGAAGGGAUCUUUCCAUGGCCUAGAAUGAUGGCUAAUACAGGCACACUUUUGCUACCUUGUGGCAUACCCUCAAU